AUGUGUUUUUUAUGCUAUGCGGGUGCAGAGUCGGAGCAUGCCCUACAGAAGGGGGCCUGCUCCGUUCCUACGGUGAGCCGCAACCCUUCACUUUUGCUUCCGAGUGAGAAAGCGCCUUUGCCGCGUAAUAGCAAAUCUGAGUGGGGACCGUUUCUUGGUGAGGCAGCAGCCUCUUCAGAAGCAGCCGCCUCGACGGCAGUAGACGCGGGUGGGCACUUGGCGGAAGGGGCGGCUUCGGCAACGGGGGUGGGAAGCAGAGGGAGUUUUUUCGCUUUUGCCACGGCUCUGUGGAAACACAAGGAGUCGCCCCCACAGCCAGAGGGCCCUGCGUCUGGAUCGGGAGGAUAUGGAGCGCUCCUGCAGCAGCCUCAGAGUGACCACCUCCCAGAAACUCCUCAAGCUGUUCCUCUUUCUUCAGGAAACUCUGGCAGCAGCAGCAGCAGCAGCAGCAGCAGCUCUUUCUCCUCCCUGGGUACUACCCGCACAGCGGAGAAGGCACAAAGCGCUUGCGAGGGGCAGGGCGCUGAAGCGGAGGCAAAGGCUCUCGACAGCGAGCGGCAGAAGUCUCUCACAGAGCAGCAGCCGUGCAUGCGAGCCUCGGUGUCUUCGCAGUUGAGUGAGGAGGGAGUGACACAGCAGGAGCGACGAACUUCUCUCUCAGGAGCUCCCCAAGCUUCCCUGUCUUUUUUUACUUACUUUCUCUCAGCACUGCAGGGACAGACGGCUGUUUUGCCAGACAGCGGCGGCGCAACAGCCGAGACAGGAGGAGCUCCUCCUCCUGCGAAGCAGCAGACGCAGUCGCUUGUGGAAGCUUCAUCAACUACAGGGAUUACAGCAACUGCAGCAACUGCAGGGCAGCAUCAGCGACGAAGCGGAAGGAGGCCAGAUCAAGGAGAUCCUCGAGGCAUCGAGACGGCAAGGCAACGCUUUCACGGGGGGCAGACCGCCUUUUCGGCUUGUUGA